AAUCACAAACCCAUCGGAGAAAAUGAAAACGCGGAGAGACAAUACAGAGGUGGGCGUCAGACAGGCCCACCGAACUGCCAGAAAAGUAGAACCUUCAAAAGUUUGAAAUACAGAGAUUGUCAUUUGAACUGAUUGUUUUCUGACAUCAUUUCAUUGAUACCAGUCAUUUGUUUGAACGACACUCCGCAUUUAUACUGCUGUAGUCAAGUACAAAUCAGCAUGUGUAGUUAUGCAUCUAAACGUGCACUGAUUAAGCACUGAGGCGCUGUAGUAACAGCGUGUGUAAAAGCGUCGUUAUGCCCUGUGUGCAACACAAAUACAUGCUGAAGUACCUUGAGUCUCUCAAUGGGAUCAGCUGCGUAUGUAAAUUGCUCCACAGCUCUGUUUCUGGGCGAAUCCGUUCCGUUUUGCUUGAAUCCGCCUCUCCGUGCUCGUUCGUAUUGACGCACUUAAAGACUCUUCCCUCAACCUUAAGGCGAGCGGCAGCGACCAAUCACCAAGCCAUUACAGGCUUCAGAGGAAACUGUUUAUGUGACUCCAGAGCUAAUUAGGCUCAUGAACUAACAAAUCGCUAGCACAACUGGUGAGGAACCGAUCACAUUCAUGGAUUGUCUGGAGAAGUCGGCCACCUCUCUCACGAUGUGUUGAGCUGUGUGCUUUUGAAAGAUUUUUUUUUUACCAUUUCUUUAGCUGCCACUAACUUGUCUCUUGCUGACAAAACUUUGGUCUUGGGUGUGGAGUAUUUUUAGUGCUAACGCGUGUGCCGUUUUCACUUAAACUGGGGAAUCUUGACUGGUGAACCAUGUUUCAACCCACACCGAAGAGGUGUUUUACCAUAGAGUCUUUGGUAGCGAAGGAUAAUCCUUUGCCAGCGUCGAGAUCCGAGGAGCCCAUACGACCAGCGGCGCUCAGCUAUGCAAACUCAAGCCAGAUGAAUCCAUUUUUAAACGGCUUUCAUUCCAGCGGCAGGGGCGUCUACUCAAACCCGGACUUGGUGUUCGCUGAGGCUGUUUCACAUCCUCCCAACUCCGCCGUCCCAGUCCAUUCAGUACCUCCUCCUCAUGCUUUGGCUGCUCACCCACUGUCGUCCUCGCACAGUCCGCACCCUCUUUUCGCAAGCCAGCAAAGGGACCCUUCAACUUUUUACCCGUGGUUGAUACAUAGAUAUAGAUACUUGGGUCACAGAUUUCAAGGAAACGAAACGAGUCCGGAAAGCUUCCUAUUGCACAAUGCAUUGGCAAGAAAGCCCAAAAGGAUUCGUACAGCUUUUUCACCAUCACAGCUACUACGGCUUGAACAUGCUUUCGAAAAAAAUCAUUACGUCGUCGGUGCAGAACGAAAACAGCUCGCUCACAGCCUUAGCCUCACAGAAACUCAGGUAAAAGUUUGGUUUCAGAAUCGAAGGACGAAGUUCAAGCGUCAGAAACUGGAGGAGGAAGGGUCGGAUUCACAACAGAAAAAGAAAGGAACUCAUCACAUAAACCGAUGGAGACUGGCCACAAAACAAGGAAGCCCUGAGGAAAUUGACGUCACCUCAGACGAUUAAAAAGACUUAAACUGUUCGAACCCGGGACAGCGGCGUGGCUUGAAGGAUGUCACGGAUAAGGAUGCUGUGUACUGACAGAGGGAGAGGGUAAAGCCAAUAUCACAUUUUGAUUCUUCGAGAUCGGCAGCUUGAGGGUGAGAGAUCCUGUUGGUGGCACUGCUGUCACUACAAGGGAACUGUCAAUAAUUUUCACGUUGCCAAGGCAAGGUGAUUGACAGGUAUUACAUGCAGCCCCCCGCCCCCAUCACCACACUACCCGCACCACCUCAUCACCACUAUUACAAAACAUAGCUCAAAUGCGCAUAGGACAUUUGCACUUCUGAGGGGUUUUUUCCUCUCGUUUUAUUUUUUCAAGACGUGAACCUUCCACAUCAAGAUACCAAAAUAUACAGCUGUUUUUGUAAAACUUGAAUUGCAUGGUAGAGCAAUGGAUUUUUGGUAGGUUAAUUAAUUUGACCUUUUUCAAAGUAAAUUUGUUUUGAUUCGAUUUUUAAUCUGAGAAAUGUUGUGUGCUUCUUCCUUUUUUUUUUACAACAGUGUGCAGUCUUUGAAUUUAUGAUUCUCGUGUUAAAGUGAUUGUGAAAACAAUAUGAAGUAGCAGUGCUGCGUUAUAGUGUUUUUAAGAAGUAAAACCAAUUUAAAACCAGAUUAUUAAAAAAAAAACUUUAUUCAAGUUUACCACAUACAAUAGUAAUUAUAAUGAAAAUUCUCCAUGACAUUCCUUAAAAUUUAAGCUUUACCAUGACUCCGUAAUCUUGGUGCGAAUAUAUGAUCGGGACUCGCCCCUCCUCUAAAGAGUUGCCUCGAAGGAUUAAUGCAAGAAUUGACGGCCGCCUAGGCAGCAAAACUUCAAGCACUGAGCGUAUUCCAUGUAUAGAGAUACUAAAAGCUAAUGUUUAUGUUAAAUCGUCUUUUACAAGAAUGUAAAUAAUUUUGUGUUUGUGUUAAGUUUGCUACAAUUUUAACACAAAGUAUACUUCCAAGAAGUAUGUAAUUGUCAAUAUUUUGUCAAUAAAGUUUUAUCAA